UAUUUGUCACAGCCGCAAUCUUUUCUGGAUACCGGUAGUAUCAGGUUGUGGUCCGGCAACACCGAACUGUUUUCCAUCCUCCCAUAUGAGUUGACUCCCUAUGGAUCGAAGUACUGAUUGCUGGCAACGUGACUGGGUAGAUUUCGAUAAUGUGUUAUAAUCUUCAGGAGGAAGCGAGAUUGUUGCUAUAUGAUGUUUACGAUGAGAAGUCUCAGUAUGUCACAUUUCGAGAAAGGGGAGAUAGCGCUGGCAGCUCAACGGCCAGCGGAGGCGGCCAAGGGAUACCGCCCACUAUGGACAAGUAUGCUGCACAGCAUAGCGCGGCUGCCGUACAGGCGAUACAUCAGCAGCUGCUCAGAAUUGGCCAUCCUGUACAUCGAAUAGCAGCUCUACAUUAGGUGAGCACCAGGUCGUGGAUGUGACAAAUCUGAGCUGAUGAAUGAGGCUUAAAGAGAGUAUAACUCAUUUGUAACGUCGGGAUUAAAUCCAACCCAGAAAAGUCCACCCUCAAAAAUUACAAGUUCUAAGAAAAACGUUUAGGUGUUUUUCGGCUUGGAGAAAACGUAUUUAAUCAGUUCCACAUAGAAAUUCUGAUAGUUUAAAGACGUAAUUCAGGGUGAGCCAUACAUUUUUGCACUUUUAUAAUCAUACUGUAUAAAACACUUUCUCAAAAACUGAUUUUACGUUGCAUACAAAAUAUUGGAUAUACACAGAGCUACCCCAAAUAGGGGAUAGAAAGUAUGUGAAAUAUACUGCUUCACGUUUUUCAGAGAUAUCAGUACACUUAUAACAAAAAUGCCCCUUCUGGGAACUAUUGUUUAUGGACGAAUUAUAGUGUUAUACACAAUUUUUUUGGAAUACAUACUACGAUUAUAGAAGUAACUUAUCUUUUUUAAUAUUUCUGAAAUAAUGUAUU